CUGCUGUCACAGGCUUCAGUACACAGUCCCUGCUCCUCACCGGCAGUCUCCUUGAACUUGUAAGUAGGACAUGGCAUACGACAUCUGUUAUUAGACUACACACCAAGCUUUCAGUAGGAUGGAGAUUGUUUUCCCUACGACGGCCGUUAAAUACCUACAUAUUCAUCGGGUGGGUUGUUGCCGAUACCCUACAACGAAGCAGAAACUUAAGACCGUUGCUCCGUUUCGUUGCUGAAAUGUUCAAGUUUGCAGCUUUAGGUCUCGUGAACAAGGCAAUACUACCUGAAAUCUCCACCUGGAUUGGAAAGGGACUUUUCUGUGUUCAGGCAGGGGCAAAGGGACAAUGUCGACACAUGUCGGAGAAUGCUUCCACUAGCAACCACCCAUCCUUUCAAUACUGUUGGGAGCCAGGCUCGGGUUACUAUGGUGACAGUCUGGGAAAGACAGGAAGAUAUGUGCACGACAUAUGCGAGGAUUUUCUCUUGUCACAUUUGGACCUUGUCCCCGUGCCCUCACCAAGCGGAGUGUUCACCAUCGGUGACUACGGAACAUGUGACGGGUUUGCGUCUCAACAACUGAUUCACAAAAUCAUUGUUCAUUUGAGAAGCAAACAUGGCCCCGACCUCAACAUUCAGGUGUUGUACGAAGACCAGCCAUCAAACGACUUUAACAGCCUCUUUAAAAGAAUCUACGAUAAGAAAUCUUUUGUGUCCAAGUUCAGCAAAGUGUUUCCGCUGGCAUGCGGCACUAGUUUCUACCAACAGUGUGUUCCUGACAACUCCUGUGACCUCAUCAUCUCCACAUUUGCCGUUCAUUGGCUGAGUGACGAGUGCGUGUUCCGAUGCCCGGAUUCCAUCUUCCCAAUGCUGUCAGCGUCCAAGGAAGAGAUGAGAGUUUAUCAACAGGUUGUCGAAAGCGACUGGGAGAAAUUCCUCCUCUACAGAGCAGCGGAGUUGAAACCAGGUGGACUGCUUUUUGUAGCUCAAAAUUUAAAGCCUACAACGAAACCCUUCCAGUCUUCCUCUGAAACCACUCCUGACAAACAAGGUUCUGUAACAAGUUCUAACAGUGCACAAGACUUUUUGAAGAAUUUUGACUCGUCAUGGAAAGAGUUAUACACACAGGGGAUCAUAACUAAGGAGGAGUAUGAAGCGUGUACUAUCCGGGUGGCCACGCGCACUAUACAGGAGACUAAAGCUCCAUUUGAAAAUUCGGUUCGAAGGGCUGGACUAUUCUUGCUAAAAGGACCUGAGGAAAUGGUCUUCCCCUGCAUGGCUACACAACUGUGGAGACAAAAACUAGAGAGAGAUGGUGUUGAUGACAGAGACUACUUUGCUGAUAUCCUCACCAAAGAAAUGCAGGUUGGGACAGAGGCAGUCUUCAGGAACAUUCUGGUGAAAACACGGUCUGCGGCGGAACAGUCGGCUAUCAUAGAACAACUGUUUGACACUUUUCGAAAAAAAUUAGCAGGAGUGGAUCCAUACACCUAUUUUUCGGAUGUUGUUUUAAGCAGGCUCAUUGCUCAGAAAUUAAUUCAGCAGCGCUAAUUAUCAUUAAGUUAAUUAAGAAAAUGGUAAACCACCUUAAUAUAAAGUUACAGUUUUACAUUCCAACAUAUACACCAGACUACCCUAUAAGAAAAAGAGACAAUCACAUAAAUACAUCUGAUUUGCCUGGAUCAUUUCCCUUCGUGGGAGAGGCUAUAACAACCAUCCACAUCUCUCAGGUCAGCGCCGCAGUUUCUAGAAGAAGGGGAGAUAAACAUCACUGUGCUGCCUCUGUUACGAUUUAGAGUUACUGCCCGGAUAAUAAUUCCUUUUAUCCUCCCCACCCCCUGCACAAUCUAAUUUAUAUUUAUAUAACUACAAUCUGUCUUGUUUGUAUUUACACUACUUUUUAUACCUACAAUCUG